AGAUAUCUCUUUCAACUUGCUAGCAUCGUCCUUGCUUUUUAGUGAAUGACGUCUGUUUUCCUUCCAGAAAAUUCUGUCAUUUUCCUCCUAUCGCUUCUGUCAAAUAUAUUUUACUAGAAAAUUGGAGAGUAGACUUGUGAUCGAUCGCAUUUACGUAAUCCAGUGUAUUAAAACUACGAAGCUCCACUUAUUUAUUGGGUAUAUUGCUAAUAAUCGAAUAAAUUAAUAAAAAUGCCUAGACGUGGACGAUCAGCUCCAGCUCCAAGGGCUGCCCCUUCUGCACCCAUGAGAUACCAACAGAGAGCCCCAGCAACAGUUCCACCUCAACCAACACAAGUAGCGCCACAGACAGCAGCUGCUGCUCCACAACAGCCUGGGCUCUUUGCCCAAAUGGCAGCAACGGCUGGAGGAGUUGCUGUAGGAUCAGCUAUCGGUCAUACUGUCGGGCAUGCAGUCACUGGAAUGUUCAGUGGCGGUGGAUCUGAAACUGCACCAGCACCUGCUCCACAGCAAGCAGCUCCAAUUCAACAAGGAAACACAAGUAAUGUAAAUGAGAAUGGCCCUUGUGGAUGGGAAAUCAAACAGUUCUUAGAGUGUGCUUCAACCCAGUCCGAUCUUACCUUAUGCCAAGGAUUCAAUGAAGCGAUGCAGCAGUGCAAACUUAGAUUCAAUGUUGCAUAGAUUGAUAGCAGAAGUUAAUGAAAUCUAGUGAAUAAUGGUACCUCAAAUGUUCCAGUUUGAACAAUAAACUCUCUAGUUAUGCAAUAAUAAUUUUGUUAUUAUUUUUUACCUUCCAUAUCUAUUGUAUUUUAAGCUUUCAAUUUAGUAAAUUUGUUUUUU